AUGGCCGUUACGAACGAAUUGACGCCUCUUGAUCCUGCCUACGUAUCUGGAUUGCUUUCUCGACAUCCGUUCGUGAAGAUAUCCGGCGUAAUAAAUGUUAGGGAUUUGGGCUUGUAUCCCUCAGUGACACUUCCAACCCACAUCACAAGACCAGGCUUCAUCUUUCGCUCAGCCGAGCUCUCUGGUAUCACUGAAGAAGGCAAAGAACAAGUCAAGAAAUUGGGUAUCACAAAGGUAUACGACCUACGAUCAGAUACCGAGAUGGCGAAAUACAACACACCGUUGCCAGAGAUAGAGGGUGUCGAUGUAAUUAGAACCCCGGUAUUUAAGCUGGAAGACUACAGCCCUGAGGUGAUGGCCAAGCGCUAUCAGCUAUACGCUAGGGGAGAUAUAGCGGCAUUUAUGGAGCUUUAUUCCCAGAUACUGGACAAUGGCGGUCCCGCGUUUAGCACCAUCCUUCGCCAUGUUCGUGACAGACCAAACGAAGGACUAGUAUUUAACUGUACUGCUGGGAAAGACAGGACUGGUGUUGUUGCGGCGAUACUUUUGAAGCUUGCGGGGGUCGACGAUGAUAGUAUAGCAGACGACUAUGCUUUAUCUCGUGUCGGGCGGGAACCUGCCCGUGCGAUGAUAUUACAACGCCUUUCCAAGGAACCUCUCUUUGCUUCCAAUAACCAGGCUGCGUUAAACAUGCUGACUUGUCGCCGGGAGACGAUGCUCGCCUUUCUUGCACACCUUGCAGACGCAUAUAACGGAGUAGAAGAAUACGUGAAAACCUAUCUAGGCCUUACCAGUGAAGACAUCGUUAUAAUACGCAACAACCUUCUUACACCUAAUUCUUCCCGUACGUAG